AUGUCGGGGACGCAGCGGCUCACGCUGGCGUCGAUGUGGGCGUUUGAAGAUAUUGGGGUUGAGGAGGUUACAGAUCAGAUCAAGAAACUCAAAAACCAGUAUGACAGUGAAUAUCAUUACCAUAAGCACGACAACGUUCUUGAGGUCAAGGGUAAUCUGGAGGGCAGCACGUCUCAAAUUGCAAAGGUUGUAUCAAACUUCAUCGAUGGUCAGGAGAAUAAGGAUUUGCUAGACAUGCCUCGGAUCAAUCAACUUGACGUCUCUGCCACUAUGCCUGUCGACGAAGACACCGUGGCUUCCGACUCGGACAAGGACGAAGAAGGCGGGCUUCUAGCCCUGUCAGACAGCUCUGACCAGGACUUGAUACCUAACCCCGCAGCUCUUGUCACUAGGUUCUGGCUAUCGUCCACUGGGGGCGUGGGUUGCUUUUCAGACAACAGGUUCCGUGACUUUCUCUCGCAGAUAGCGGCUUUGACUGGGACUGAGGCUUGCGUUGUCGAAGGCCAUGGCAUCCGAGUGAUCGGGAAGUCCGUCGAAGACGUACAGGAUGCCUUGGCGAAACUCACUCGGAUUGAGAAGCCCCUGAGCUCUAUUUUGAACCCAGUAGUAGCAAAUUUGAAUGCUACUCCGGAUAACGGCCGCAUACGUUUUCGUAUGCAGAGCUACGGCAGUCUGAACAGUACUGCUCGACGCCUUCUGACCGACCCAGACAUGAGCAUCACCUGGGAACUCGGUCAGAUGUUCGUCACUGUGCCGUUACCCUUCGACGAGGAGAUCCAUGCAUUCAGAGAGCCCAGAAAUAUCACUAAUCCACCUCACAUAACCGAGGAGCCUGGAAGAACACGUCUCUGGAAUGACUUCGUCUUUCAAGGGAUUGGAAUAGGCGAUGAAUAUCUUGCCUUGAGUACUGUUGAUGAGCUUGCUAGAGCCAGAGCUCCGGCUACAGCUUCCAGCGACAUCGCUACACAUCCUUAUUUAACGCCUGAGAAGGCAAAACAAGUGGACCAGUGGAAUCGGUGGGUUGUGGAGGGAACUGGUGCUGAAAAUUCUGUUCCUAUACCCGAAGCAGAUAUGAGAAUUGUGCCUCAUCUCGAGCAGUCAGCUGUGAAAUCUCCUGCUCCAAUGACUAAGAGGCCACCAGGUAUCAAACAGCGCAGACUCAUCACCUCUGACGGGAUACAGCCAUCAUCAUCUCGGGGGUGUGCAGAGCCGAAACUCAAGAAUGCUGUGGAUCAAGCUGCGGAGGCUGAAGGCGAUGUCUCUAAGGGUCGUAAGAAGUGGAAGAUGACCUACUCCACCGAAACUGGCAUGGCAGGCCAGCAUGUUACAGCAGAUCCGAUGGCUGAGGUGCAGGCGCCACAGGCUCAGGUAGCUCCAACCAUCGAUCAAACAGUGCCGGAGAACAAGCCGCGUCUUAUCCAGGGUUUUGACACCACAAAAUAUGGUCUUAACAGAAGCGCCCCCAAGGCUAUGAAAAGCGACCACCGCACCUACCCCCACACCCGACCGGGGCAGGAGAAGAAGCUUAACAACCGGAAGGAGCUUGUUGAUAUUCUUGGGCCGGUAACAACUGACGGACCUAGUAUUAAACCGACGAUUUCCUUCUAUCAGCCGGCCUUAGUGCCAUCGAGUCUGUCUUGUAGUCGAAUUGCGGUCUCCCCAACCCCGGCCUCAGAAGAAGUGGUCGGGCACAACAAGGGCAAUGGUCUUGAUCUUGCCGGUUUAGUUUUUGAGGCAUCUGGGGCCCCGUUAGAGCUUAGCAGCACGGAAUCCAUGCAAGAAGCGACUUCUCUAAGCAAUGACAGAGAAACUUCCCCAAGCCACGACAGAACUCCCUCUCAUAGCAAUGAAAGGGCGACUUCCUCCGGCAGAACCAGAGACGCUUCACUCAGCGGUGAUAUGGUGGCACCACUCAGUAACGCAAGGGCUACUUCACACAGCAGUGAGAUGGUGUUUGAGCAGACAAACAGACUAGCUUCGUUGACCAUGGUCUACAAUGAAAGCAACGAAGGCGAAUCACUGAUCGUGGAGCAGGCUUACAAGGAUGCACCAACUCUACGCCAGGCACAGGGGAAUUUAGCUCAUGACAAAGUCACGGAAAUUGAGAGAUCCCACGGGGCAGCGAAACACCUCGAUGAUGAGGUCGUGACGAGAGCCUUCCGCCGUACUAUGACACAGAAAGCACCUAAUUCAAGUAACAAAGACAAGGUUACUAGCAAGGCCGAGGCUAAAGCCAAGAAACAGAAGACCCUUGAAGAUGCUUGGGGAAUACUUCCAAGGCCCGCCAAGAAGCCGUCAGUCGAUGUUUCAGGGAGCCAACAUGGCUCUGGACCGAUCAAGGAGAGAAUAGCAACACCGGCGAGCCACGAACAAGAAGAACAGCAAAUCCAGGAGGGCGGGAAUAUUGACGAAGACAUCAAGAAAUUGUAUGAGGCCUUGAAGCCCACUCUAGAGGCAGCUGAAACAUUCCCAGGAGCAAUCACUUUGGAGGUGCAAAUCGGGCUGAUCUUAGUACCGUCACUCCCAAAGCCAUGCUGCGAGCAAGUGAUGCUCUUCAGCGAUUGGGAGAAGAUCUUCAAGCCACGGACGGGUCUGGCCGCACCGACGACGAAAUUCAUAAAUAGAUUGACGACCUCUGGUGCAGACAUUGACCAUCUUGUUGACCUGAGGACGUCCAAGGCGCAAGGAAAACGCCGGCUGUUCGAACAAGAGUAUGACGAAUACAAUGUAUCUUAUGAGUUCCAUUGCCGAACGAAGCCUGGUCAACCUCUUGUUCUUGUCAUUGAUGAACAGGGUGGUCAUACUUUGAGGAAGCCGGUUUCAUCACUUGGGGGCGUUAACUUGCAUAUCCCACUACAAAUCUGGGAUGCGAAUUUUAGUGUCAACUGCGUCACCGAUUGUGGACCGGAAUUUGCAUCAGCAGCUCAACAUAUGAUUGACCAUCUUUGGAUACCCGCAGACAAACCACUUCUGCGCAUUUUCACCCGCCUUCCAGCUGGGAAUACGAUCUCUAUUGAGAAGGUAUACAUGAAGCGUUGGACUCGGCAUAAGUUCAUUCGCUCAGAUGUGGCUCCCUCAAAUGAAGUCACUGGAGAUCUAUAUCUGCAGGUACUAGAGACUCAGGAUCUGAUUGUCGGGACCAGUGCCGCUGAAGGAACAGCCGUGCGCGCCCGUGCGGUGGCACCUCAAGAGAUGAUCAGACGGGGAAGGCUUUGGUAUGAGGCUUCGCUCGUCAGUCCAGCUAUUGAAUCUCUCUUAAAGAGCAAUGUCGACCUUGAGGUUGGUGAGCGUGCAGAAGACUGGUGUAGCGUCGACUUAUUCGGGAGGGAUGCAUCGCUUAUAACCCCAGAUGCGCCACUUAGUCCAGUCGCCAUGGCCAUUGGGACCGGGGGGCUCGGGGAUCUCCUGCGUCUCACUAGCUUGGUAGUUGAGAAGGCAGAUGGUGUUGGCUACUUCAACCAGAGGGCCAACGUCUCAACCAAGGCAUCAGUCCACUCCGGCGCGCUUCAGAUUGUACCCGUUUCAAAGGGCCUCGAGUUUGAUGACAUAGAGAGCGUUAAAGACCUAGGUAGCGCCUGCCCACAGAGAGAAACGUUCGAAGGGCUGGAGCGGGAAUUUUGGUGA